AGCUCGCAAGCAAGAAAAGUCCACAUCUCAUUUCGGAGAAGAAGAGGAACGCCUAAUAAAUAUCCAUAAAGUCACACGCUUCACAGGGCAGUGUGCGUUCACCUACACACCUGUACCACUACAAACAGAACACCAGUUACACAUAAAUACAUAUAUGGGAGGAAGGAAAAGAAAAGCGGCGUAAUACCAGUAAUCGAGGAACGAAGAACACCCAUCUGCAAACGGUACCAUUGAUUUCCCCCUAUUUUGCCUUGUGUUGUUGCUGUUUUGAGCUACAGUUCAGUUACACCUCUUUUCUCUCUCUCAUUUUUCUUCUUCAAUUUACUGGCCGAUAGUCUUUUUGUUUCUGUUGUUGUUCUCCUGCUUUCUUUGUGUGUUCUUCGUUGUGCUUAAGCACUUCUGUAUCUUUUGUUUUCUUCUUUCCCCCCACGGCCGUGUGACACUCAUAUAUAUAUAUAUAUAUAUAUAUAUAUGUAUCUGAAAAUAAAUAUAAAUAAGAAAUAAUAUAUUUAUCCUUACACCCUUUUUAAAAGCUGAUUUGUGAUUGUAAACUGUUAGUGCAGCCUUUUGUGUUUCUUUCUUCCUCUGCUUUCUUCUUCUUUCUUUCUCUCUUUUUUCUUGGCUUUUUCUUUUCCAUCUCGUUUGACAUUUUUCGUGUAAAAUCCUGAAAUCUUGUAUUUUUUUCCUUCUCACAUUUUCACUCUGUGUGUCGUCGUCGUCGUUGUUGUUUGUUUCUUUGUUCCGGCAGCACACGUAUCUCUUUCCCUCUUGUCUCGCCCAAUUGCCGAAGACGUGGCAGCAGCUGUCAGAGCAGGUUUUUCCUUUUCUUUAUUAUUUCUCAAACUCGGCGCUCUCGAUCUCUAUUUGCUGUCUCGCUGGAAGUAACUGCUGCAACUGCCGCCCACGACAAGGCAAAGGAGCAGCAUUGAGCACGCUCCUGUUUCGAUACAUACAUAUAUAUAUAGUGCGCGUCCGUCUUUGCUAGUCUUUCUAGACACUCCUUUUGUUUUAGUGACAAAACAGGAAAACUUGCGCGUAAACGCCUCUUUACUAUUCUUGCUGGUUUUCUUUUUCUUUUCUGAGUGCUACGGUUUUUGUGUUCAUUCCGUGGCUACUGUUGGGCCUCGUCGCAGCUGCGUGAGCGUUUUCUUUUUUCCUCAACGUACACUAGACGGUGUUUUCAGGGAAAAGGACCUCCUCGGUCAGCAUCGAUUCCAACAGCAACCCUAUUCAAUACUAUUUCCCCAAACAGUUCGUAAACGAGAAGGUUUUUCUUGCUUUUUUUUUUCUUUCUAAGGACACCAUUAGAUUAUCACUAUUAUUAAUGCUCAUGGACCUCGCGGAAGCGCCACAGGAGGAAAACCUCAUCUCCCUCUGUGGCGAUGAUGGCGAGGAGGUGCCCGAAAUGCCGUUCUUUGAGGCGAGCAACCUCGAAGACCGACCGAUGGCGCCGGCCGCCGAGGACUACCCAUUGGGGUGCGAGGUGGAGCUGCGCGAUGUCGAGUUCGCAAGGAUUGCGCAGGAGAGCAGGCAUUGGGAGCCGAUAAUGGAGGCCUUCUUUGCCACCCCGCGGCGGCGCGUGCGGGUUGAUAGGCACACGGGUGACUACACGUUUGUUCUGUGUAACGACAUUGAGGGGUUUGAGCGGGUGGGCUGCACGCUGUAUCGCGCCUGCCUUAGUGAACCGAAGGUGAAGGCCACCCGGUACUACUCUAGCAUACGGAGCGGUCUUUCGGGACUGGAGCUGGACGACAAGGCGGAGGAUGUGCUUAGUAAGCCGGUCCAGCCCGGGGCGUCGGCGAGUGCGAGAGAGAGUGGUGAUACAGCGUUGGAUUCGGUGAAGAGCUCCUCAACCAUGAAUGCGAACGGCGAGCUCCUCAGCGCCACCCGGUCGUCACGCAGCACUGGCGCGAACGUCAGCAUGGCCGACGACGCCCGGCAACGCACUUUUAGGUCCUACAUGAGGAAAGGCACGGCGGAGAUCAACAAGAAGAACUGCGAGACCGCACUUCGGUACUACAACAGAGCGCUGGAGGAGAUGCCGGAGGAGGAGGCGCGCGUGCGUAGCAGCCGCUCCGUGGCCUACCUGCUCGCGGGGGAGAAGGAGCGUGCGUUGGAGGACGCCAACCGCGUCGUGCACCUCGUGCCACGCGAGAGCGUCGGGUACAUCCGCACCGGCAACGUCCUGCGCAGCAUGAAGAAGUUUGUGGACGCGCAGAAGAUGUACGCGACGGCGAUGAAGUACGACUCGGCGAACGGCGUCGUGCGUAACCUGCUGGAGGGAAAUUCGGUGGCGAUGCUGUACGAUGGCCGCACGAAGCGGUACAACAAGCUGCGCAUCGCGUACGACGAGCACAUCAAGCGUGCCGUCGCGGUCGCCGCGCAGAACACCGACGCCAACGAGGUCAUCCUCAAGGAAGGCUCCAGUUCCGUCUUCCCGCUCUCCUCUUUUAUAUACCGCGUCAUCUGCGGUCGCAAGCGGUGCUCCCUGUGCUGCCACUGCGGUCGUCCCUUUGUGGACGAAGACAUGGUCAUUGAGCAGAUUCCCGGUCUCACGAAGCCCAUCCUCCACUCCUUGCACGUCUCCUCCACUCCUGUGCCGUGCGACAACAACUGCAACGCGCUCUACUGCAGUGAGAGCUGCAAGUCGAAGGCCUGGGUGGAGCACCACUGGGUCGAGUGUGCGCAGCGUGGCCGCUGGCGCGAAGGGACGGCAGCGAUUCACCGCUUGCUGGACCAGUACGUGCGCACCAACGCGGCACUGGCCGACGCACAGGAGAACGUCUCGCCGGCGCCACAAUGCGCUGCCGACGACGUGCGCCCCAUCGUGAAAGCCGCGUGUAUCCGCAUCGCGGUGCGGAUGAUGUCGCGCAUGGUGAGUAGCGUGUUGCCCUCGCCGGAGGCGGCCCAGCAGUAUCGGUGGCUCUCCACCGCACCAGCGGUGCGCGAGCAGCGAGACGAGAUGAGUGAGCUGCUGCGCACCUGCUACACCACGUUAGCUCGUUGCUUUGCCUCUGAAGAUGCGGAGCAGCUCACUUUCGAUGUCUUCCAGGAUUGCUACGAGAAGGCCAAGUCGAACUCACUGAUGAUCUGCUGCUCCAUGUGGCCCAAGAUAGUGGAGCGCCUGAAGAGCCAUCUGGACUUUGUCAACGCCGAGGAUCGACCGACUGGAAUUGGGGUUCAGAGCAACGACUCGCCACUGCAGUCAUGCCUGCACCACACGCUGAACGCCCCGCGCCACGGUGUGCCGGGCACGUAUCACAUGUGCGUCUCCCUCUUUGAGCUCGCCUCGCUCAUGACGCCGAACAACUGCACCCCGGCGGAGGCGUCGAAGCCGAACGUGGCGGUGCGCACCUUCACCGAGUCCGCCGCCAACUUGCGGCUGCGCACGCUGCGGCCGAUUGGCAAGAAGGAAGUUUUGUCGAUGGCCUGGCCUCACUACGACUUGGCGUAG